AUGCCUAGCCAACCGCCCCUCCCACCCCUCCUCACUCCCUACGUAUCGUCUCUGCCGCCAUCCUCCCUCACAGUCCUAUCUUCAGUCCUUGGCGCAACAGGGAAUUGGCUAGUCCUACGAUUUCUAUAUGCUGCCUUGAGUUCGUCUUCGACUCCAGACGCUGUUGCAGGCUUCAGCGACACCAACAAUGGGAAAAAGAGGAAGGUCGUGCUCGUGAGUUUUCUGCGGGGUUGGGAAUUUUGGAGGUCCGAGGCCAAAAGAUUGGGCCUCGAUCUUGCCCGCCUCACAGACAAACGCCAAUUCGCUUUUGUUGACGGACUCUCCGAACUUUUCGCCGCCCCCUCCGCUACUUCGACUCAGACACCAACAAUCCAACCGUCACCGCGAGGAACAGUGCCUCCCCAGACAGUUCUGCCCCUCAGGUCGCAACCCGGACCCGUUCCCGCGCGAGGACCGCAACCCGCUGCUCGGCCAGUCGCUGCCCCUCCGAACCCGCCAACAUCGAGAGAAGUCGGGCCAGUCAAGCGGCUUCACCUAUCGGGAAAUGGAAAUGCGGCUUUGGAUGUGCUCGAGAGAGACAUUGCGGCGGUGAUUAACGAUCUGAAAUCAUCAACAUCCGGAGAUGAACAGGAAGAGCCCGAGGUUUUAUUGAUUAUCGAUCAGCCAGAUCUGCUACUCGCCGCUACGGGUCCGAGCAGGGACAUAGGCGCUACAGAGAUGGGAGAUUGGGUGAUGGGUCUACAACAGUACGCUCACGCAACGAUUAUGACGGUGUCCUCUGACUCUCCGUUGAUCCACAAUGCUUCCGCAUCUGCGCACCAGGGAGCAACUCCGCUGGAGACUGAGCAUGCCGCUUUUGCUAUCGGAUCGGCUCAUCGGGCGCACAUGGUUAUGCAGCUCCGAAACCUUGAAACGGGUGCCGCAAGGGAUGUCAGCGGUGUGCUCAGGGUCAGCAAAGGUGGCGCGUGGGGGCAAAAUGACAGCACCAAGGCUAAUACUCAUUGGGAAGAGAAGGAAGUCCUAUAUUUCGUUCAAAGGGACGGUGGUGUUAGCGUCUUUGGGCGAGGAGAAUAG